CCCUCCCUUUCUGGCAAGAUGGCGGCGCCCAGGUGUAGUGCGCUUGCCCUCUGGGUCUGGGGUACCGGGGAGCGUUUGGGAAGUCUCCUCACUCUCAUCUCAAAGCCAUUUUGUUCCGCUGCUGCUGCCUCUAGGCCCCUGGAUGCCCAGCGAUUAGCGGAGAGGCUCCGAGCCCAGAAACAGGAACAAAAGACGAAGAAGGAGCGGGUGCCCACAAACCCUGUUCAGCGGAGAGUGCAAGAACUAGUGCGGUUCACACAGCAGCUGCAGCGAGUCCACCCCAACGUGCUUGCUAAGGCACUGAGCCGAGGGAUUGUCCACCAGGACAAGGACCUUGUGGUCAUCAAUAAGCCCUAUGGUCUCCCUGUGCAUGGUGGCCCUGGGGUCCAGCUCUGCAUCAGUGAUGUACUGCCCAUCCUGGCAAAGAUGCUUCGUGGCCACAAGGCAGAGCCCCUGCAUCUGUGCCACCGGCUAGACAAGGAAACCACAGGUGUAAUGGUGUUGGCUUGGGAGAAGGAAGUGGCACAUCAAGUCCAGGAGUUGUUCAGAACCCGUCAGGUGGCAAAGAAGUACUGGGCCAUCACUGUGCGUGCCCCAGUGCCCUCAGCAGGAGUCGUGGAUAUCCCCAUCACGGAGAAGGAGGUGCAAGGCCAGCAGCAUCACCACAAGAUGACGCUGUCCCCGAGCUACCGCAUGGACAAUGGGAAAAUGGUGAGAGUACGGAUGAGCCGGAACGCGCACGUGGCUGUAACUCAGUACCAGGUGCUAAGCAGCACUCUCUCCUCCGCCCUCUUGGAACUCCAGCCUAUUACUGGAAUAAAACAUCAGCUUCGAGUUCACCUGUCCUUUGGGUUGGAUUGCCCAAUCCUUGGUGACCACAAGUACUCAGACUGGAAUAGGCUGGCCCCCCAGAAGCUGUCUGUUGGCACCCUGAAGAAGCUGGGGCUGCCCCAGUCAAAGGCUCGCCACAUCCCGCUUCACCUGCAUGCCCGCCAGCUGAUCCUGCCUGCCCUGGGGUCCAGGAACGAGGAGCUCCACCUGGUCUGCAAGCUUCCUCGCUACUUUCUCUGUUCCCUGAGCCGUCUGGGCUUAGAGAUGCCAAGUCAGGAUCCAAAUGGGGACUAUGACACUGGACAUCUGGGAGCACAGUGAAGACUCUUGGGCAGUUUGGCCCCUGAAUUGUUUGCUUUGUUUAAUGGACUCUGGUAACUUCUCACUUGAGACAGACUCCAGAGGAGCCAGGUAUGAUAAGUUGAAGAAACCCAGCUGCUUCAGGGCUGUUACUGGAGAUGAAAGUCUGUACUGGUGGUUUUGACACAGGCUGGAAAAGCCUGCGGGGAGUCUUCCUGCCUCAGGGUCCCCUUGCCAAGCUGGAAGAGAGCCCAGGACCAGGCAGAUUGGGUCAAUAAUUGGAAAAGGAGAACUAAAGCACAGAAUCUAUGAUCCGGAACUGUUUUCAUCAAACAAUAAAGCUGUUGAUCUAUCA